AUGUUAUCAACUACACAACGUAUAAUAAUAUCUCCGAAAAAUGCUAACGAGCUAUUAGAAAAAGAAAUCGAGGAUUUUGUAUGUGUAAAAACUAAUAAUCUAUUUAAGCGAUUUGCCAUCAACACAGAUUUUUUAAAACUAGACCCGUCAACUUGGAAAAGUAAUGAAGAUUUUCAAAAAUCAAUAGUUCUUUUAAAAAAAAUUCCUGUUAUCAAUGAUGUCGCAGAAAGAGGUGUAAAAUUAAUAGAGGAAUAUAAUGACAAAAUAACUAAAGACGAAUCCCAAAAACAGUAUUUACUACAAGUUGUUAGCGACUACCGCAAAAAAUUCACUGACCACAAAAAAGAAACGCUUAUUACAUCAUUAUAA